AUGUGUAUUUAUGAUAUUUAUCGUCGACUGCGACGUAUGACGGGAGUCACAGUUAAUGAAACUACACAAGCUAUUGAAAUGUAUGAUGAAUGGUGGCGUGAUCGUAUUCAGGAAAUACUUGAUGCUGCAAAACUCCGAACACACCCCCUUACCAACCUCGAUAUAUUGGAUCGAAUUUUUGGCAACAAACACAUUUCUACUGAUGAUGGAUAUUAUCCAGGUUCUGGAGUGGAUCAACAUACUGAGUCAGAAACAGUUACAGAGAAUGAUUCUGAAACAGUGAAUCUAGGAGAUGAUUCUGACGCGCCUUCACCAAACCUAAAUGAAACACCGUCUUCCCACAAUCAAAGUUCCAAACGAGUGUACGGAAACACUGCACGUACUUCAUCUUCAGCACGUAAACGAGGAACGGCGAAAGCUUCGUAUGACUUCGUGACGAAUGAAGCCUACAUGAAACAAACAGAAAUUUAUGAGCGAGCACAAGAUAACAAGUUAGAACAAGCAAUUGGGUCAUUACUAACACUCUUUGGUCUUCAAUAUGACUCCUCUUUGUAUUGGGGAGCAGUGACUGUGCUUCAAAGCAACGAGACGCAUGCACAUGUUUAUCUCACACUACCCGACGAUAAUGCUAGGAUUAGAUAUCUCGAGAGGAUGACAGGAAUCGACCGAUUCAGGACAAGAUCGAGAGAUGCAUCGAGUACACCCACUCGUUCUCCUGCGUAG